AUGGCGGCGGCGGCUGUGGCGGGGCCGGCGAUCCCGGGGCGGCUGCAGCCCCAGCCCGAGCCCCAGCCUCCGGUCCCGGCGGGCGGAAGCCGCUGCUCGUUGCUGGUCAUCGUGGGCGGCGAGUGCGCCCGGCCGGGCCUGCUCCGCCCAGUGCUGGCUCAGCUGGAGAAAGGUAUCCGCUCUUGGGAUGUUGACCCAGGAAUCUGCAACCUGGAUGAGCAGCUAAAAAUAUUUGUCUCCCGUCACUCAGCCACAUUCUCCAGCAUCGUGAAAGGUCAAAGGAGCCUCCAUCACCGGGGAGAAGAGCUGGAAACUCUGGUGCUGCUGAACCCCUCGGACAAGUCCCUGGUGGAUGAGCUCCGUAACCUGCUUCUGGAGCCCUCCUACCAUAAGCUGCUAGUGCUGGCUGGCCCCUACGUGGAAGAGACGGGGGAGCUCCUGCUGCAGACGGGCGGCUUCUCCCCCCGUCACUUCUUCCAGAUUCUGUCGGAUAAAGAGAUUGAGGACCUCCUGAACUCUGCAUCCUCUUCGGCCCUCCCGAGGCUCACCAUCACCUGCCCUGACUUUGGGGAGUGGGCUUACCCGGGCCUGGAUGGCUCUGGCCUCCAAGACUUUGUUCAGCUGCAGCUGAACCCGCCUGGGCGCCGGCCAGAGUCAGAGGGGCUUCGUGAGUUCCUGGAGUACGUGGCCGAGUCCCUGGAACCUCCCUCCCCCUUUGAUCUCCUGGAGCCCCCUGCCACGGCAGGAUUCCUGAAGAUCUCCCGGCCCUGCUGCUACGUCUUCCCCGGCGGACUGGGCGAUGCCGCCUUCUUUGCUGUCAACGGCUUCACCGUGCUGGUGAAUGGCGGCUCGAGCGCGCGGUCCAGCUUUUGGAAGCUGGUGAGGCACCUGGACCGCGUGGACGCGGUGCUGGUGACCCGGGCCGACAGCUUGCCGGGCAUCAACAGCCUGCUUCAGAGGAAGCUGGCCGAGCGGGACGAGGAGGCCGCCGGGGUGGCCUCGGGGGGCGGGCGAGGGAGCGAAGACUGGCUGCGCCACCUCAUCUCCCCCGACCUGGGCGUCGUUUUCCUCAACACCGGUGAGAGGCGCCCCGUGUGGGGGGACGACGAGGCUGGCCUGGCCCUGGGCUACCUGGCGCGGCUGGGCAUCCAGCCUACGCCGCUGUGCCGCAGCCAGGCGGCCUCGGAGCCCGUGGUGCUGUUCCUGAAGAUGGGCGUGGGCCGGCUGGACAUGUACAUCCUCCACCCGCCAAGGCCCGCUGCCGGCCGCGAGUCGGCCCUGCCCAGCCUGGCCGCGUCCGCCUGUGCCCUGCUCGUCUGGCACCCCGCCAGCCCCACCGAGAAGAUCGUGCGCGUCCUUUUCCCCGGCUGCACCCCGCAGAGCCGGCUCCUCGAGGGCCUGGCCAAGCUGCAGCACCUGAGCUUCCUCCGACAGCCCGUGGUGACCCCCCAGGACCUGGAGGCGCCGGGCCCGGGCCCUGGGCGGGCAGAGAGCAAGGAGAGCCUGCGCUCGGGCUCCAGGAACAGCGUGAGCGAGGGAGCCCGGCCAGCCAGGCCAGACAGGAAGGACGCCAAGCCAGCCGCCGCGAGAGAGAGGCCCCGAGGCCCCGAGGAGGCGGCCAGGCCCACCAAGGAGCGGGGCCUGCCGGCCAAGAAGGAAGGGCCCCGCGGGGAGCCCCCAGCCCGGAGAGAGGAGAAGAAGAUUGGCCGGAAGGAGGAGGCGGCCUCCAGGAGAGAGCCCAGGGCGGAGGCAAAACCCAAGGCCGACGUGCCCAAGAAGGACCCCAGAGCAGAGGACAAGAAGGUGGGGGGGGCCCCCAAGGCACCCGGCCGCCGGACAGCUUCUGCAGCCUCCGAGCCGCCCUUGUCCUCCCGGCCGGGGAGCGUGAGGAGGAGCAACGCUCAGCCGGCCUCCAAGGGCACGGACAAGAGCCACGUGCGGGCGGCCCCCAAGGAUCCCGGAGCCCCCAAGCCGGGCAGCUCCAGAAGCAGGGACGCAGACGCCGCCCUGGAAGCCGAGGGCCCCUCCGUCUUCCGCUGCGGCGAGGGCUGCCCCUCGGUGGCCCCCGGCUCCCUGUCGCCUCUGGCCAAGACGCCCCCCGGGGAGCACAGCCUAGACCUGGGCCUGGGCUCCACCCCACCCCUGGACGGGCUCAUGAACCACGUCGGGGAGGCUGGGGAGGACGGAGGCGGCGGCGGCAGCUCGGAGGAGAAGACCCUGGAGCUGAUGUCCCCGGCCAGCUCGGCGGCCCCCACGCCCUCCCUGGCCGGCCCCCGGAGGCCCCCCGAGGGCGCGGAGCGGCUGGCUCUGAGCCCCUUCCGGGAAGGGGGCCCCGAUGUGUCGCCCACCGUCACUACGCCCUCGCUGCCGGCAGAGGUGGGCUCCCCACACUCCACGGAGGUGGACGAGUCCUUGUCGGUGUCCUUCGAGCAGGUCCUGCCCCCGCCGGCGGCCGGCGACGUGGAAGCGGGCAAGGUGGGGCUGAGCCUCCCGCUACGGGCACCGGCCACGCGGGCGCCACGCUCGGCCUCGCCUCACGAUGUGGAUCUGUGUCUGGUGUCCCCCUGUGAGUUUGAGCACCCCAAGUCGGCCCUGUCCCCCGCAGGUCUCCCCAGCCCCCGAGACGUCUCCAAUGACAGCAGCGCUCGCUCCCAGGAGCUGGCCCGAGGGCACCGGGGGAGCGGGGGCCACCCCGAGGAGACGCCCCCCACCUCGGUGAGCGAGUCGCUGCCCACCCUGUCGGACUCGGACCCCCCACCCACGGCAGAAGACGGGCCGUCCCUGGCACCAGACUCGGAUGAGGAGGACACAGAGAACUAUGGCCCUGCCCGGGACCCCCUGCCCGCCCCAAUGAAAGACCCUCCCCCCCUGCCUGCCCAGCCGGGCAUCUGCAUGGUCGAUCCCGAGACGCUCCCCUCCGACCACCUCAGACGCCGGGAGGCGGCCGGCCGGGCCUCUUCCCGCAAAGCUCCCUCCCGAACGGGCCCUGGCUCUGGGCCCGCCAAGGCUGCCCCCGGCACGGGCCCCAGGCCCAAGGGGCCUCUUAGCCACACCCUUAGCAAUACGAGAAGUGAGCCCCCCGACAGGGGGCCCCGGCCGGCUGCCGACGCCAGGGGGAGCGCGGCUGGCCGUGCCGUGGGCAGCGGCGGGGCCAGGACGGGGCCCCGAGCGGCGUCAGGGUCCACUCUAGGCCGAGCAGGCAGUUGUCCGGCCCCCCCAGGACCUCCCGUUUACCUGGACCUGGCCUACUUGCCCGGGGGGGUCAGUGCCCGCUCUGUAGAUGAAGAGUUUUUCCGGAGAGUUCGAGCCCUCUGCUAUGUCAUCAGUGGCCAUGACCAGGGCAAGGAGGAGGCCAUGAGGGGCAUCUUGGAUGCGCUGCUGGCUGGGAAAGAGUGCUGGGAAGCAGACCUCCAGGUGACCCUCAUUCCUACGUUCGACUCCCUGGCCAUGCACGAAUGGUACCAGGAGACUCACGGGAGGCAACAGGACCUGGGCAUCACCGUGCUUGGUAGCAACAGUACCGUCGCCAUGCAGGACGAGACCUUCCCUGCCUGCAAGGUGGAGUUCUAGCACUUCCUUGGCCACCUCUGACCCUCACCAGCCUCAUGCGUGUACAUGCACGCCCGAAUACAUACACACACACACACACACACA